AUGAACAAGUGUAUCUUACUUAUGGGUCUUUAUCUGCUGGGAUCCGCCAGAGGAGCAUCAGGUCAGCCUGAUGAGCCUCCUGGCUCUAUGGAUCAUCAAUCUUCGAUUCAUCAACUUUCAGGUGAAUACUUUCCACUUGGAAACCCUUCUGAUGCCGAGGCUUUAUAUGAGACAUCAGGUGAGAACACUUUAAUUGAGCAUGGUUCCAGUGAGCAUGGCACAAGCGAGCACACUUCUGGUGACCAGCCUUCAGGGGACCAGCCCUCGGGUGAAAAAUCUGCAGCAGAAAAGCCUUCAGGUGAACACACUUCAACUGAACAGCCUUCAGGCGAACACGCCGCUGGUGAACACGGUUCAGGUGAACAGGCUGUCACUUCAGGUGAACACACCUCAGAGGAACAGGCUGCUGCUUCAGGUGAACACGGUUCGGGUGAACAAGCCGCCACUUCAGCUGAACGUGGUUCAGGUGAACAGGCCGCAACUUCAGGUGAACAUGGUUCGGGUGAACAGUCUGCCGCUUCGGGUGAACAGUCUGCCGCAUCAGGUGAACACGUAGAUUGCCACACGUGUGCUUUCAUGAAUGAUCAAGGAAAAUGUCUUCGUGGAGAGGGAGUCUGCACCACUCAGAAUUCCCAGCAGUGUAUGCUAAAGAAGAUCUUUGAAGGUGGAAAACUCCAAUUCAUGGUUCAAGGGUGUGAGAACUUGUGCCCAUCUAUGAACCUCUUCUCCCAUGGAACCAGGAUGCAAAUUACAUGCUGCCGGAAUCAAUCUUUCUGCAACAAGGUCUAG